UACGACGAGAACUAUAGGGGAAGGAUGAUAUUCACAGGACAACAGGUACCACGUUUAUAUGUGCUAUUUCAUUGGUACGAGAAUUUUGAACUAACGCUGUACAUGUAUUGGAUAACUCAUGCAGUUGGGUCCGUUACGAGCCCGGAGUGUGCACAAGAUUAAGGAGUUGGACCCUCGAUUCCACGAGCCACUCGCACGGGCGGGACUACUACCUUUCGCUCUCAUGAUGGCCGGAGCUCCCAUGGAGGUCGGUGGUAGGACACCUCUCCCGGCAAUUGAUGAGGCACUGCUCACAGGUCUCGUCGACCGCUGGCGUCCUGAGACACACACUUUCCACUUUCCUUUUGGUGAGAUGGCAGUAACACUGCGGGACGUGGCCAUGCUGACCGGGCUGCCAAUAAGGGGUGCCCCGUUAAUAGUUUCGCGACCCGCAAGGGAGCAGUGGAAGGGUUAUGUUGCAGAUAGGUUUGGUGUGCAAUACGACGGGAAUGAUGCUGGCCUCUCCAUGUCCUGGGUUCAUGGGCUGACACAGUUCGGUCCAUGCCCACUGGAUGUGGACGAGAAUACACUUAUGCAACACUAUGAGGUGUACUUAUACGUCCUGCUCGGAGGCAUCAUGUUCUGCAACACGGCAGGCGAUUAUGUCGUCCCACAUAUUGUAUGGUUAGCAGCCCACCUCGCGUCACAUCCUUAUGAGCCUACAUCUUACAGUUGGGGAUCUGCAGUGUUGGCUACAACCUACAGAGGAUUGUGUGAUGCAACCCAGCGAACAAAGAGGAAGGCAACCAUUACAGGGUGCUUACAUCUCUUACAGUUAUGGAGUUGGGAGUACCUCCCGAUUUCCAGACCUUGGGUGCUCAAGUGCUACUACCCAGUUCACAUCUCUGAUGGCAUUGCAGAUGACAUAAGGCCAACGAUGGGGUAUCGGUGGAUUCAUGCCAGGCUAAGAUGGAGUCAGCAGCAAGACCAUGGUAACUACUCCAGGGUGAUAAGUGACCUGGACAUCCUUAGCGCUGAUCUAGUGGAUUGGGAUCCAUGGCGUAUGGCACGAGUAAAAGAAAUUGCAGAUGGUGGACUCCUGGCAUCCUCUUGUAGCCGUGACGCAGACUUAUGGUUGACCACAUGCUUCUUGUUGUACAUGAACUGCGUGGAAGUAUAUUCUCCAGAACGUGUACAGAGGCAGUUCGGGUACCGACAGGUGGUGCCUGUUCCAGCACCACGAGACGCCGGACGGGCGCACGAGUAAGUGUGUUAUUGUAUGUUGCCUUAGUACAUUGGUUAUCCAUGUUAACAAAUUAUAACUGUUUAUGUCACGUACAGGUAGAGCUCAAAGGGGGGCGGAGGCACGCAGGACUGGGCAUCCAAGAAUGCCGAGUACAUACGGAGGUGGACAGAAUCAGCUGCGGUGGAUGUCAUCAUUACUGCUGGACAAUACGACGAGGCCACGUACUGGGACUACCUUGCUUGGUACCGUUCGCGCACGCGUGCCACCUUACUCAGCGGACCUGUACAGCCGGGCCCCAGACCCUUCCCCGAGGAUCGUGCCCGCCUACUUCAUGUUGUGACUGAAGAGGCGUAUGAGAUGCAUACGCAAGCGGAUCAACCUUUUGGGGAACCAAGCAGGUCAUCAUCGCAGAGGGAUCGUAACCCUCUCCGGGAGUACAUGAGGACAAGAGGAUCCCGCUUCCUAAACGCUAUACGUGGUCUAGGUGGGUGUGCCCCGCAAUGGAGGGGGUACGACCAACAUGCCAUGGACCCGUCUCGUGCCUCCCACAGCAGGCGGUCCUCCCACAGCAGGCGGUC